GGCCCGCCUCACCUAUGCAUCAUCACCCUGAGCCGACAGCACAAUUGGCCCGGGCGCUGGGGCCGUGGUUGCGUUGUCACCGGCAAUGAGCAGCGCGAGGGCGAUAGCGGCUGCUUCCCUGCGGCGCCUGCGCACUGGCGUCCGGAGGCCCUUCUCAGACUAUGGAAGAGGCAUUGUCAGGUUUCACAGUUCAGGAAUGACCUUAGACAAUAUUAACCGGGCAGCCGUGGAUCGAAUAAUCCGGGUGGAUCAUGCUGGUGAAUAUGGAGCAAACCGAAUCUAUGCAGGGCAGAUGGCUGUGCUGGGCCGGUCCAGUGUUGGCCCUGUCAUUCAGAAAAUGUGGGAUCAAGAGAAGGACCAUUUGAAAAAGUUCAAUGAGCUGAUGGUUGCGUUCAGGGUCCGACCUACAAUUCUGAUGCCCUUGUGGAAUGUGGCAGGCUUUGCACUGGGGGCAGGAACUGCCUUGCUGGGAAAGGAAGGAGCAAUGGCCUGCACUGUGGCAGUAGAAGAGUCCAUUGCUCACCACUACAACAACCAGAUCCGCACGCUGAUGGAGGAGGACCCUGAGAAGUAUGAGGAGCUGCUGCAGGUUAUCAAGAAGUUUCGAGACGAGGAGCUUGAGCACCAUGACACCGGCCUGGACCACGAUGCGGAGUUGGCUCCAGCAUAUACCUUGUUGAAGAGGGCUAUCCAGGCUGGAUGCAGUGCAGCAAUAUAUUUAUCAGAGAGGUUUUAAAGUGUGGCUGUUGAUCCAUUUCUAGAAAAAAUGGUCACUUAGGGAGUGGCUGUUGCAGAGGAAGAACUGUACAAUUAUCACUGUGUGUGUGUGUGUUUUUUUUUUAAAUAAACUACAAGAGGUGGUC